AUGUCCGUGAGUUUCCGAGGAAAACAGAAUUUGCUUCUGCCGCAGCUCUGGGAGCAGCAGAAACAGCUGGAGGAGCAAAGACGAGAGAAGGAGAGGCUCGAGGCUCUCAGGAAGAAAGAUAAGCACGAUCACAGCGCGAACGCGUCCACGGAAGUCAAGGAACGCCUUCAUAGCUUCCUGGUGAACAAGAAGCAAAGAGAGGCAGCCGCCGCGGCGAAUGGAGCGGUACCCGGCACGCCCGGAUACAGGAGCUGGCUACAACCACAGUCGGAAUCAUCGAGUACUUCGAAUGCGGCACAUCCAUACCAAAUGCCGCAGAUGCUCCAAAAGUUCGGCGACGACUUCCCACUUAGGAAAACAGCCUCGGAGCCGAACUUGCUGAAGGUGCGACUAAAACAACGCGUGGAGAGGAACAUGGCAGCGUUGAGAAAUUCACCCCUGACGACACGCCGGAAGGACCGCCUGGCGUCGCACCUCAAGCGGAAGUCAUUACUAGCAAACCCUGGCAGCAAUCCCGAGUCCGGGCCUAAUUCUCCUCCGACCGUGAACAAUUCUCAAGCCAGUCCCACCGCUGGAAGCAACACAGCGAUACAGGAAGAAGGUGAAAAUCCGGCGUACGGAGGACGUCUUACUAGCAGUAGUCAACAGGGUAGCCUUUCUGAUCUUUCUCUCUUCAGUUCACCGUCCAUGCCUAACAUCUCGUUGGGCAGACCCCACGUGCCAUCGAGCUCAUCGAGUGGCACAAAAUUGGCGCCGGUUUCGGAAGCGGAAGUGCGUGCCGCGUUCACGGCACGCCUCGGCAUGCCGCUCACCGGUCAGAUGCUGCACGGCACCCUGCCGUUCUAUCCGUCCCUGACGGUCAUCGAGGGCGAGCCGGCAUACAUCCAUAAGCAGAUACAACAAAAUUUACAGGAGCAGACAGCACCACCGUCCGCGGGGGUAGGCGGCAACAGGCAGCAUCCGGCAUCGGCAACGGUAUAUCAUACCGCGGCGCCUAUUACGGAUACACAAGUAGCGCACGCGAGACUGCAAAAGGCUGGUCAUCACCGGCCUUUAGGUAGUAGGACCCAAUCUGCGCCACUACCGCUAGGUCAUCCAAUGCUGCAGGGCGGCAUAAUCGCACCAACUACACACUUUGAGGAAUAUCUAGCGGAGAAGCAACUGCAUGAUCAGCAACAAGCGCACAAUUACCUGAAGCAGCAAAUCCGUCAGACAGUGCUGACGCGAGUAGGUUCGCGCAGCCAGACCAAUCAACUGGAUGAAGCACCAGAGUCCGAAGAGUCCGAGGUGAUAGAUCUCACAGGCAAAAAGGAUCAUCCGGAAGAGAGUGAGAUCUCGAAGCAGCAGAGAGACCGCGAACAGUUCCUGCAGCAACAGAGAGAUCUCAUGAUGAGACACACGUUACAGACAAACGAAUCGACCGUCUAUGCUGGAGGUCUAAGUAGGACUCCUCAAUCGGCCAGGCCGCUUUCGAGAGCGUUGUCGAGUCCUCUAGUACAUUUAGGUCCUCAAGGUAGCGGUGGCGACAUUUUCGCGAGAGGUACUUCGCAUCGGCCCACUACGGGAUUAGCUUAUGAUCCACUGAUGUUGAAACAUGCAUGUGUUUGCGGCGAAACAGUUAGAGGUCAUCCUGAACAUGGUGGCCGAUUGCAAAGCGUGUGGGCCAGACUGUCAGAGACAGGCCUGCUGCAACGUUGUGACCGAGUACGCUCGCGCAAGGCCACACUUGAAGAGAUUCAAACAUGCCACAGUGAGGCUCAUGCACUUCUAUUUGGAACAAAUCCGUUGAAUCGACAGAAAUUGGAUAUGUCCAAGCUGUCGCAGCUGCCUAUGAAGAGCUUCGUCCGACUUCCCUGCGGUGGAGUUGGCGUUGAUUCUGAUACAACGUGGAACGAGCUUAACACUGCACCCGCUGCCCGAAUGGCAGUGGGAUGUGUUGUCGAUCUUGCAUUCAAGGCGGCAAUGGGCGAUAUUAAGAACGGUUUCGCUGUGGUGAGACCACCUGGACAUCACGCCGAGACCAAUCAGGCCAUGGGUUUUUGUUUCUUCAAUUCAGUAGCGAUUGCAGCAAGGCUGCUUCAACAGAAACUCGACGUUAGAAAAAUUUUAAUCUUAGAUUGGGAUGUUCAUCAUGGAAAUGGUACUCAACAAAUGUUUUAUGACGACCCACGAGUAUUAUAUCUAUCGAUACACAGACAUGACGACGGUAACUUCUUCCCCGGAACUGGCGGACCUACUGAAUGCGGCGCCGGUGAGGGUCUCGGUUACAAUGUAAACGUGGCAUGGUCUGGUGGCCUGAAUCCGCCUAUGGGUGAUGCGGAGUAUCUCGCAGCAUUCCGCGCGAUUGUCAUGCCAAUUGCCAAGGAGUUCGAUCCGGAAAUCGUGAUCGUCUCGGCUGGUUUCGAUGCGGCUGUGGGCCAUCCGGCACCAUUGGGUGGUUAUAAAGUCAGCCCGGCGUGCUUUGGCAGGAUGACACAGCAAUUACUUAAUCUAGCCGACGGGAAGAUUGUCCUCGCUCUAGAAGGUGGCUACGAUUUAGCGGCGAUUUGCGACUCGGCACAAGAAUGCGUUCGAGCACUGCUUGGUGAUGAACCCAGUCCGCUGCGUGAUGAAGAACUUACGAGGAUUCCUUGCCAAAAUGCCAUUGAUACGCUCCAAAAGACCAUUGCUAUUCAGAUGUCACAUUGGCCUUGCGUAAAGCUCGCUGCUCAUACAGUCGCAAUGAGCGCGAUAGAGGCGAGCCAAAAGGAACACGACGAAACAGAAACGGUGUCCGCAAUGGCCUCUCUGUCUAUGCAGCAGCCUACGAACCUCACGACUACGCCAGAACAUUCCCGAGAGGUUUCCGAGGAGCCGAUGGAACAAGACGAGGCCAAAUGAAGUGUACGAAGAUCAUUCUGCUAGAUAUAAAAAGCAUUAAAUUGUAUGAAACUGUGUAAAUGCUCUUUGGGAUCUAGAAGUGCAUUUCUCAGUGCAAAUCGAGGGACUCACCAUCGUCACGCAUGGUUACCGUGACAGGCGCACGGUCAGCCACAAAUGUUUCACUUGCGGAAACAUGAUCGACGACAUGUGCAGAUUCAUGCACAGUCCCGAAUUUAAGAUUUUCAAUUUUUUCAAGUAAGAUCAUAUAUAAACAACGGCCAAGUAAUAAGGAAGAAGUGAUCUGUAAUGUUUCAGGAGGCUGACGACAAUUUGCGAUGAUACGUCGCAAAGUUGUCGAUCUCCUUUUCUUUAUUUCUUUUUUGUGUUAGAUGCGAAAAGUUUGUGAGUUUUGCAAAUGUUUUUAUUGCUCUUCGCGCGUUCGAUGCGCGAGGUUGUUGUAUAGUUAGCUAGAUGACAAAUUGUAUUUGUCCAUUCUAUAGAUUUCAUUUUUUAUUGUGAAACACAAGAUUUGUAAUCUUUUUAACGAAUUUAACAUUGCUGUUAACAUUGUUGAAAUAAAUUCGAGCGCGCUAAGUUUUCGCCCACCAAUUGGAUACCGCUUGAUAAAUUUUCGAUCCCAGUGUCUUAUCAACGAACAACGAAUGGUUUCGAGACUCGAUGUAAAAACUGGAACGGAGACAUUUUGUAAUAUUAUUAACAAAACCACCUUGUCUGGAUAGUUCCAUUUGAUAAUUGUGGAAAAAGAAUUGUAGAUCAAGCGCAUCAUCAUUUGAUGACUUGGUGGGAAAAAAUUGCGAAUACACGCGUGUUAUUCGAAAAUGGACAUCCACAAAUACUUUGUUGACAUUAUUGAUAUAAGUGGUAAAGUGGUCGAAUUUUCUCACAACUGUAUGUAAAAAAGUCUGAUGCAUCGUGUUGCCUUGAAUAAUUCGCAGGAAGAAUUAAUUAUUCAUGAUAAUCCGUAUAUAUAUUUUUGAAUGCUAAUUAUGACCUCGGGCGUCUACUUAGAACACUUUCAACGAGCCGUAUUUUAUCGAAACAUUCAGGGAGAUAAGUACAGGGAAUUUGAGAAAGAGCUGUGUUAACACGACAAAUGUAUAUCUCGAAUCCUAGAGAUUCUUUUUGUAUUGCGCCUAUUGUUACGAAAGACGCAUUAUAGAUUGUACAUCAAU